AUGUGCGUGGUUGACAUUGAGGACAGGCUGAUUGCCUGGGCUGAAAAAUAUCCGUCUUCUUCUAUUGAUCAGAUUCGGGAAGAAGUCAGACGUCUUUGCCAAAACACCUCAAAAAUCUCGGCUCAACUUGCAGAACGACUGGAAUCUACGACCUCGUUGGAAACCUUUCAACGAGAGCAUCGCUUUGACGUCCUUUUUUUCCAGCCCUCCGAGCCCUUUGUCUUGCACUACAACAUAUCGCCAGCGUCCCCGGAGGAAUGUUUGCCUGGGUCUCCGUUUGCUGUGCCUCAAAAAGGCAAUGUGAUUAACGGGAGCGACUGCUUUUCCGAUUUUGCUGCUGAAAAUGGUUCGUUCAAAAACGCAAACACCUUGAUGUUUCAAGAGGGGGAGGACCGUACGCCGGCUUUUUACCAGAGCAGCAACCAGCCUUGCGGGGACAAAGGCGUGAAAUCCGAAUUCUGUCAGGUGCCGGCAGCAACUUCAUCAGCCCUGGAGCUUCCGCCCAUCAACUCUUUUGCCGUACCGCCCACAUUUUCACAGAUUUGUAACAACGACUACACCACAUUUCAAUCAACAGACUUUGUCUUUGAGGGUGCCGGUUGCGGUGAGUCAGGACAUGGGGAGGACGCAAAAUGUUGGAAUAACAGUAAUUAUCGAGCUUGGGUGGGGCUCCCGAGUCACAUCCAGGUAUCUUACCUGUAA